GGUGCGGAUGCCAGUGGAGCUGAAAUUUGGCUCAAAACUGCAAGGCGCUGCCCGCCCGGCCGAGCCUUCACUCGGGUGUCGUGGCUUGCUGAAGGUCAUUGGUAUUUCUUCAGCAGCGGCCGAUUCCCUUUCGUUCGCUUGUAGCUAGGUUGCUGUCAGAGAGCAAAAAUGUCGGGGAAGGAAAGGAUUGAAGUCUUUCCAUCGCGAAUGGCACAAACCAUAAUGAAAGCCAGGUUGAAAGGUGCGCAAACUGGUCGUAACUUACUGAAGAAAAAAUCUGAUGCACUUACACUCCGUUUCAGACAAAUCCUGAAAAAGAUCAUAGAGACCAAGACCUUAAUGGGUGAGGUAAUGAGGGAGGCAGCUUUUUCUUUAGCUGAAGCAAAAUUUACUGCUGGAGAUUUCAGUACUACUGUGAUCCAGAAUGUGAACAAGGCACAAGUCAAGGUCAGGGCCAAAAGGGAUAAUGUAGCAGGUGUUGUACUGCCAGUAUUUGAACAUUAUCAGGAAGGAGGAGACAGUUAUGAAUUGACUGGCUUGGCCAGAGGUGGAGAACAACUGGCUAAAUUGAAGAGGAAUUAUGCCAAAGCUGUGGAACUUCUGGUUGAACUGGCAUCAUUGCAGACUUCAUUUGUGACAUUGGAUGAAGCUAUUAAAAUCACUAAUAGACGUGUAAAUGCAAUUGAACAUGUGAUAAUUCCUCGUAUUGAACGCACUUUGUUGUAUAUCAUUACUGAGUUGGAUGAACGAGAAAGGGAGGAGUUCUACAGAUUGAAAAAGAUCCAGGAAAAGAAAAAACAAUUGAAGGAAAAGAGAGAAGAAGAACAGGAAGGUCGUAGACUAAACCAUGAUUAUGCACCAGCCAACCUACUUGAAGAUGAAAAGGAUGAGGACCUGCUCUUUGACUAGUGAAUUGCAUACCAGUUAUUGAAGUAGCAAGUACUGAGCUUAAGAUUUAAAUAGUGAUGUUUAUGUAUGUGUUCUAUUUAAAUACAGUGUUGAUUUGCAAACCCAAUUGCAUUAGUCAGGAGGAACCUGUUUUGCAAGUUCAUAAGUUUUUAUUUUAUGUAAGCAAAACAUCUGAUUCUUGCACAUUUAUUGUGCUGUAUGGUUAUAUAAUUAUUCACUGUUACCCUUUACAAUGUGCUAAUAAAACACAUUCCUUGCAAAAUAAGUUGAUUGAAUGGUUUGGAAAAAUCAGUGUUAAAAGGAUCAAAUGUUUUAUAUAUAUUUUGGUUCAUGUACUUUCAAAUUCUGUGAGCAAUCUCCGUAAAGAUAAUUAAAAUAAUACUGAAA